AUGGGUGACUUAGGCGAAUGCAUGCUCAUCAAUCGCAUUGCUUCAAAACUUGACCCAGAAACCAGAAAGGCGUGGGAACUAUCUCAAACUGCUGGAGAGUUGCCAGAUUAUGACGACACCAUUGAAUUCCUUCGUGAACGAUGCCGAGUAUUAGAAAAGAUUCGACUUUCAAUAAAACCCGUUAUCAAGAAUUCAAGACCUACAAGAGAUUUCCAAGAAACGAAAGUAAAGGCAAGUGUGCUGGUUGCAACUCACAACAAAUGUCCUCAAUGUCCGAAGAGUCACAAACUUUGGGAGUGUGAUGAUUUUAAAAGUGCUAGUUUGUCUGAUAAAUACGCUACCCUCCGCCGCAGUGGCCUUUGUUUUAAUUGUUUGCUGCAAGGUCACAGAUCGCCAGAUUGCUCCUCCCAUAGUACGUGCAAGAAAUGCAAGAAACGUCAUCAUACUUUCCUGCAUCCUGAUGAUGGUUUCAAGAAGCCCAGCAAGCUUGUUGGUAAAACAUCGUCUACGAAAUUGGAAGAAUCGAAACCCGAACAACCGUCGAGGGAUGACAACGAUGAAACGAACCGCUCCAAUUUUUGCGUCCAACCGAGAGAUUUUGACAGGCAGAUUCUCCUUUCGACAACAAUGGUUCUUGUUCAUGGCAAAGGCGAUCAACUCUACCCCUGUCGUGUUCUCCUUGACUCGGGUUCUCAUACUAGCUUCGUGACUGAACGAUUUGCGACGUUAUUGGCUUUUAAAAGAAUUCCGGCUAAGUACAGCAUUAGUGGUUUGAAUGACAUCCAAACUAAGGUCCGUUCCAAAGUCCAUACGAAGGUGGAAUCUCGUAUCGCCAACUAUUCUGUUUGUCUUGAGCUGCUUGUGGUACCCAAAAUUACUGGCAAUCUUCCGUUAACGAAAAUUGAAACUGCUGCUUUGAGUUUGCCAAACGACCUCCAACUUGCGGACCCUGAGUUUGAUGUACCUGGUAAAAUCAACAUGUUAUUAGGAGCGGAGGUAUUUUUCGACAUGCUGAAGUCUGAUCGGAUGCAUAUUCCUCGUUGUUCCGCUGUGCUCCAAGAGACUCAAUUUGGCUGGGUUUUAAGCGGUUCCGUUCCCAUUGAAGCAAAUUCUGUCGUCCACUCGUUUUGUACCACCGUUACCGAAGAAAAUCUAGACCGAUUGGUAAACCGUUUUUGGGAAAUUGAGUCAUUUGAAAACGAUAAUUUCCCUCCUUCGACCACAGAACAAGAUUGCUUGCGACAUUUUGAGGAAACACACCGACGUGACUCUGAGGGACGAUUUAUUGUUCGGCUCCCUUUCAAUGACGACAAAAAUAGACUGGGCAACUCAAAACGCAUGGCUGAGAGAAGAUUCUUGGCUCUAGAGAAACGUCUCGAUCAAGCACCAGAAUUGAAGAAGCAAUACAGCGACUUUUGGAAGGAGUAUGAAUCACUUGGGCAUAUGAGGGAGAAUCGAACAGCCGACGCAGAUCAGACUUCAAGUUUCUACUUACCGCACCACUACGUUUUGAAGCCAUCCAGCACGACAACUAAGCUUCGCGUAGUGUUCGAUGGAUCUGCUACUUCGGACUCUGGGGUCUCGAUUAACCAAACGCAGAUGAUAGGACCGAUUGUGCAAAAUGACUUGAUCGCUAUCCUGUUGAACUUUUGA